GUCUCCUCCAUCGAUUUAUUAUCCUCCUGUAAUAUUAUAUCAACCUUCGCUCGGCGACAUUUUGAAGUUCCAGAUCACGUGACGAAAACUUUGGUUGCGCGCAUUGUUGCUGUUCACUGACGCAUUUUCAGACCACGCAAACCUCGACGCAAACGGCCGCAAAUUGCAACGCAGCGCUUUUUAUACGAAAACCUCGAGGCAAAAUAAGCGGAUAUUCAAUUAUUAAACGCCCAAAUAUAUUUAACAGAUGUGGCCUCUUAUAUGACGGUUCGCCUACUAGAUGUUAAUAAGAGUUGUCUCAAAAGAUAGCCCAACCAACUCUUCACAGCUCCAAGCGCGUUUUCCGCUAGGCAAAUUUAUUCGCGCGACGCAAAGCGAAUUCUUGAUUCUUCAAAUUUGGUGAUGUGAUCGGUCUGCGGAAGAUUUCGCUUUAAAAAGAAAGGUUCGCUUUCUAAUUUUUAUCAGUUAGCGCGAAUAAUUUCGUUUCGUGAAAAACAAGCUUAACUCCUUGGCUUAUCAGUGGAAGUUUGUGCUAAUGAUUUUGGUACUGAAUGUGUAAUGAGCGGCCGUCGAUCAACAGCUCUCAGUGGGGAACGCGGAAAAAUUCAGGAUUGAGGAGAAGACAACUUUUAGACGCAUGGCCACCCCCUCUCGUUAUGCUAAGAUGACGUACGAGGCGGUAUUCCAGAUACAUCACUCAGCAGCAGUCCGCCCACUGACACCCACCCUAGCCUUCAAACCAUAUCUGGAUAUAGUCUAUAGUGGUCUAUUUCUGUCCCCCACCGCCCACGUGCACGUCUUGUCGACACUCUCCGACAGCGAUACGCAUGUUUCCGACGUCAGAGAUUCUAAUUAUGUGCAUUAAUUAAAGCUCAUUAGCGAUGCGCAUUUUGAGUUCGAAUAUCGAAUGUAUAGGAUGAUAUUUGUUUACAUGGAAAAAAUCUUGUUUUAAAAAGCUGUUUUCAUUAUUUAAUGGUGUUGUGCCGAAGAUGGAAGAUUGGAAAUUGGAGGACAUUGUUAUGCGGAGUAAUAGGAACAUUGUUCAUCGGAGAAUACCUUGUUUACUUCAUCGUUGCAAUGUCAUGGAAUGUUCCAGUGGAGAAAUCAAAACAUGAUUUAAGAGUACUUAUACUAUCUGAUCCACAAAUGCAGGGAUUUCAAUUGGAGGUCUCUGGUAUAAUUGGGCACAUCACAAGAUGGGAUGCUUGUCGUUACCUGAAGAAGACUUUCGCUUAUGCUCUGAACCAAGUCAAACCCGAUGUUGUUGUAAUAUUAGGUGAUUUGCUUGACGAGGGCUAUAUUGCUUCAGAUGAUGAAUUCUAUCAAUACAAAGAAUGGUUUGAAGACAUUUACAGAGUUCCAGAAACCGUGAAAAGAAUUCAUUUAGCUGGCGAUAAUGAUAUUGGUGGUGAAGACGAACCAUUAGGACAAACCUACUCUCAAGGCAUGAGAAAUAUUUUGGAGCAACUAAUCGAGGUCAUUGAGUUUAAUAAAUGGCAAUUCUUGAAGCUGAACACUCUCAGCUUCCUACGCUAUUUCCGUUUUUCCAUCCCGGAUGAAAAGAUAAUAUACAACAAUCUAAAUAAGUAUAUGAAGUCGUCACCACAAAAACUGGAUGAUAACAAGCACACAAUUGUGCUAAGUCAUCUGCCUCUUCACUACUGGGAUCCAAACUUUGCAAUAAAGGUGCUGAAUAAUGUCAAUCCAAGAAUACUGUUUUCUGGACAUGAUCACAAGGCCAAGUAUAGAAUAUACAAAUUGCCUAGUUUUACCACAGAAGAGCAUGUUGUACCCACAUGCAGUUACAGGAUGGGUACUUCAGAUAUAGGGAUUGGUAUUGCAAUACUUGGUGAAAAAGGCUCAUUUCAAUACACUGUGUUGAGAUUACCAGGGAGAUAUUCCUUUUUGUACUUUUAUGGUGUAGUUGGUGCCCUAAUGUUUCUGUAUAUAUUAUUUUUUAGAAGUAAUAGAUCAACAUAAUUUCUUACAAUCGAGAAUAUCACAUGCUACAAACCUGUCAAACAAUUUGUGU